UCCUCUCAGAAUCCAAUGAUGUCUAUCUCACAUGCUCCGAGUCUGAAUUCAUUUUGGCAAUUUGGUCUCAUCGUCCUCUCUUUCUCUUCCAUCUCGUUUUCCUUUCCCCCUGCAUCCGCUUCUACUACCACCUUACAAAACCACACUGACCGGCAGACCCUUCUAUCCUUCAAGUCUCUGCUGUCCGAUCCCUUGGGAUCCUUGGCCUCAUGGAACAACAAAUCCCUCCAUUUCUGUAAUUGGUGGGGGAUCACUUGUGGCAGCCGGCGGCAUCCGCUACGAGUCACUGCCUUGAAUCUUGACUCGCUGGGCCUCGUUGGUCCUAUAUCGCCCUCCAUAACCAACCUUACCUUCCUUAGACGAAUCGACCUCUCAAACAACCAACUCCAUGGACGAAUCCCGCAAGUGCUCAGUUUGCUUCCCCGGCUUCAAUACCUCAACCUUAGCAUAAAUUCACUUGAAGGAGAGAUUCCAUCCAAUCUGAGUCAUUGCCCCAACCUCAAGAGCCUCAGCCUAAGGAACAACAUGCUUCAAGGAGAGAUACCCAGUGAGUUCGGCUCCCAUCGCAAGCUCCAAAUACUGAGUGCCAGUGGCAACAAUCUUACAGGUAACAUCCCGCCUCUGCUGGGGAGCAGCCCCUCACUCACUAUCGUAAAUCUACAAAACAAUGGUAUUACAGGAGGCAUCCCAUCUUUUCUUGCAAAUAGCUCAUUCCUUUCUGUUGUCAAUCUUUCAUACAACAGUCUCACAGGAGAAAUCCCGCAUUCACUUUUUAACAGCUCGUCCCUCAUAGCAAUUGAUCUUUUUAAAAACAGACUGACAGGUGGGAUACCAUCCUUGCCAAUGAUCCGCCCUUCUCCCCUCCUCCUCCUUGGUUUGUCAAUGAACUCGCUUUCAGGAAGCAUCCCACCAUCGUUGGGAAACCUCUCCUCACUCCUGUAUCUUUACCUUGCUGAAAACAACUUGGAGGGAAGUAUUCCAGAAAGCUUAGGCAAGAUUCCGGGCUUAGAAGAGAUCGACCUAUCCAUAAACAACUUGUCCGGAAGAAUGCCGCCACCACUUUACAACCUCUCGUCACUUGCUUGUUUGGGUGUGGGCGAGAACCGGCUCUUCGGGACCCUUCCACCAGACUUGGGCGUCACCCUUCCAAACCUUCAAUCUCUCAUCAUGCAAUCCAACCUAUUUCAUGGGCCUAUCCCAGCUUCAUUGUACAAUGCUUCAAAUAUUCAAAUGCUCGAUCUAGCCAUGAACUCGUUCAAAGGAUCCCUGUCCUCCAGUGUAGGAUCUCUGAAAAAUCUAGUCGAGCUAAAUCUUUGGAAGAAUCAACUCCAAGGCAACGUUUCAAGCGUGCUCUCCUCCUUGACCAAUUGUAGGCUUUUAGCGAGAUUGAAUCUACAAGACAAUAAGCUCGAAGGCACCCUCCCGGCAUCAGUAGGCAAUCUCUCCACACGGCUUGAGAAGCUAGUGAUAGGAGGCAACCAAAUAUCCGGUACCAUCCCAGUUGAGAUUGGAAACCUUGUCAACCUUACCGUUCUGUUUACAGAAAAAAAUCUUUUUACAGGAAGUAUCCCUCCUACCAUUGGAAGGCUUCGGAACUUAAAUCUCCUAGACAUGUCCGGAAACAAAUUUUCUGGCCCCAUCCCAUCUUCUAUAGGAAAUCUCACCCAAUUAAGUGAGCUUUACAUGGAAGAGAACGAAUUGAGUAGCAACAUCCCUGCAAGCUUUCGAGAUUGUAGAAAUUUGAAUAUAUUAAACCUUUCUUAUAAUGCCCUUGCUGGAUCCAUACCGAAGGAAUUUGUUUCUCUGCCCUCGCUAACACGAGCCCUGGAUCUGUCACAUAAUAAUCUCACUGGGUCCAUUCCCAUGGAAGUGGGUAGCUUGAUCAACCUCGACUGCUUAAAUAUCUCCAAUAACCGAUUGUCAGGUGCAAUUCCCACCGCUCUCGGUGCUUGUCAGCAUUUGGAAUACCUUCACUUGGAAGGCAACUUCUUUCAAGGAAACAUUCCGCAAUCCUUCAUAAGCUUGAGGGGACUCGUGGAGCUGGAUCUUUCUCGAAACAACUUGUCCGGGGGAAUUCCAGAAUUCUUUGGGUCUUUUAGUUCUUUGCAGUAUCUAAAUCUGUCAGUCAAUGACCUCGAAGGCGAAGUGCCUAAGGAUGGUGUCUUUGGCAAUUCAAGUGAAACUUUUGUCUUUGGGAACAAGAGGCUUUGUGGAGGCGAUCCAACGUUGCAACUACCACCAUGCUCUGUCCAAGCCUCCAAACGAAAUCCAUGCAAGAUAAUUAUCAUAAUUAUUGCGAGUGUUGUAGCAAUCUUAUUCUUGUGUUUUCUGUUGAUUUCUUUGCAAUUGAGAAAGAGACGGGAAAAAUCUCCAACUGUGCCCCCCAUGCAAAACAGGUACAUAACAAUAUCUUACAAUGAUAUCCUCAUAGCUACUGAUGGAUUCUCUUCAGCCAAUUUGGUGGGUACUGGCAGUGCUGGUUCUGUAUAUAAAGGGAAAUUGGAUUGUGAAGAGAAGUUCGUUGCUGUGAAGGUAUUUAACAUUCAACAAGUGGGAGCUCUGAAGAGUUUUAAAACCGAAUGUGAAAUCAUAAGAAAUGUUCGCCAUAAUAAUCUUGUCAAAAUCAUCACUUCGUGCUCAAGUAUGGAUUUUGCCGGUAAUGAUUUCAAAGCUCUAAUCUUCGAGUACAUGCCCAAUGGGAGCUUAGAAGAGUGGCUGCAUCCUAGAGCUCAGGAGCGUCAUCAGACAAGAAAGUUAAACCUGACUCAGAGGCUGAACAUUGCCCUUGAUGUGGCUUCUGCUCUAUGUUAUCUGCAUCACAACAUUGAAGUGCCAGCGAUUCACUGUGAUCUAAAACCAAGCAACGUUCUUCUUGACCAUGACAUGACUGCCCAUGUGGGCGAUUUUGGGCUUGCAAGUUUCCUCCCUACUUCAGGCUCCACGAUAUCCAAAAAUUCAACAGGCUUAAUGGGGAUAAAGGGGACGAUCGGAUAUGUCGCACCAGAAUAUGCAAUGGGUAGCCAAAUAUCCACACAGGGAGACGUGUAUGGCUAUGGAAUACUAUUGCUAGAGAUGCUUACAGGAAGGAAGCCUACAAAUAACAUGUUUAAGGAUGGCUUAAACCUUCAUAAAUUUGUUGAUAUGGCUUUCCCAGAAAGAGUCAUGGAGAUUUUGGAUCCACAAAUUUUGCCAGAUGAAAGUGAAGAAGCUGAUGGCAAUAUUAGAAAUGAUGAUUUUAGUAGGAUGCAACUGAGGAGAUGCAUAAUUUCAUUGAUUAGAAUUGGUCUCUUGUGCUCCAAGGAAUCACCAAAUGAACGACCAAGAAUGCAAGAUGUCACCACUAAGGUUCAUGCUAUCAAAGAAAUGUUAUCAGUAGUUGAAGUUAAUGAAGAAGGAGCAAAUUCACCUGAAUGAACAGAAGUGCGCCAUACGUGGAUUAUCAAUGUUUAAUAAAAGAGUUUGUUGUAACUAUUGCAUAUUUUCUAAGUUCUUCUGCUUCUUUUUUUCUAUUCCUUUUUUCAAAUAAGUUUGUCUUGUCAUCAGAUUAUGUACUUAAUUUAGCUACCAUUGAUUGAGAGUAAAUUGAAGUUUUCAGGAAAGAACAAAUGAAGUUAUUUAAGUAGAGGAGUGUCAGUGUCCAUGAAUGAAAUCAAUUUCAAGAAUCCUAUAAAGUGUUAAGAAGCACAAAGUCCACACAUC